AUGAUUAAAGGUGAAGAGAAUACCCACUAUUCAAAUAUGAAUCAGAAAAUCAAUGUUAAGCCAGAAAAUGCCAUUCCUCAGAAUGAUGAUGAAUUGAAAUAAUUAUGGAUUGCCUGCUACUUCGAAAGAAGACUUUCCAAACCACUCAUUCAAUCGAUGGACCUUAAGCAUACUCUCAGAUUAUUAAUGCAGCUACUACAGCAAGGAUCCGUUGACUUUAGAGCUAUGGUUCCAUUAGUUCUGGGUCUAACAAAGUUGCUAUAUAGGAAAAUGAACUAUCUAUUGAGUGAGUCUAACUCAACUCUUGAUAAUCUCAAGAAUCCAUUUGGAGAUCUAGAGUAAAACUAGAACAGUGGAGAGAAAUCGAAGAGAUAAUACCGCGAGAGAACAAAGAGAGAUCAGAAUUUCGCAAACCAUGCAAAGCCAAAGAAUUUUAUAGAUUUAAGCGCAAUCAAAUACCCAGGAAUAGAUUAGCAAGUCUUAAACUAGAUUUAGGAUGCUUUCAAGAGAGAUUUGGAUGAUAAUAUCAAGAGCAGAGGCUUAAUGAAGGGUGAGGACAUUGAUAUGCAAGACGGAGUUGAGUUUCUAGAUUAAAAAAGAGGAAAUUACAGUUUUGGACUUUCAAACAUCAAGAGAGAAGAUGGCUUUAGAGAAGAUGAGAAUGAUUUCAGAAACAUGAGAAUGCCUGCCAAUGCUAUGGAAAUUUUAAAUGGAUAGUCACCAGAUAUGAUGGAUAACACUUUUGGUGAUGAGAUCAGAAAUAAUAUAUUUGAGUAUGGCGGGAGAACAGAUGCUCUGAACAAUGACAUUACUACUGAUGUGGUGAACUUCGCAAACAGAUUGCUUAAUGAUUAGCCAGAAAAUACUAACUUUGCCUAUCCAAUGAUGAAUAUUGAUGAAGUGCCAUUCUUGAACAAUAUGGUUGAUGAUGACAUCGACAAUUUCCAAGUUAAGAACGAGGACUAAAACAUGAGCGAUAUGUUCUUUGAUCAAGGAGCUUUGAUGGAUUUGGAGAAUAUUGGAAAUAAGGCCCCAGCAGAGAAGAAAAUAAGAAAGCAAAACAACAAAAAACAAGUAUAGUUUAUCAGGCAGGAGAUGAUGAAGUAUGACAAGAAAACUCAACUAGCUCAGGCAAGACUAAAGAUCAAACAGGAGAAUGAAGGUAGAAUAAGAAAUCUAGCAAAUCUCAAUGAGGAAGAUGAUCUUGUGAAAAACAUGUCAAAUCUGAUCCUCAAACAAUCAGCUGCUAUCCAUGUCCUGAACGAUAUGAGUACCAAUAACACUUCAAACAUUGGAGUACUAAGAGCCAACUUCAAAAAGGAAAAUGAUCAUCAUUCUGAGAGAAAAUCCUUAGGAGGUUCUACUUUAUUGACACUGAACCCUCACGCUGAGAGUUUCUUGUCCUUUGACGACAAUGAGAGAACCCAAAAUAGAUCAAGAGCUGAUAUCGAUUUCUUCAAGUCUCCAACAAUGGAUGAGUAGAACUAAUCAUUUCUUGGAGAGUUUGGUGCUGAGUAAUUCAACUUUCAAAACGAUGACUAGCCAUUUAACUUUGAAAGUAUGCUAAAUAACAAUUAAAAUAUGAGUGCAAUCCAGUCUGCUACUCCUUCAAAGCCGAAGUUUGGUGAUAUUACUCCUUAAUAGAUAUAAAGCAAAGAUUUUCAUUAGGAAAUAGAAAACUAUGAAUCCUAGGUCUUCAAAAGAAGUGAAGAUACCUACAUGAAGAUUAAGAGUCUCCCAAAGUAAUCUAACUUUGAGCAAGUUGUAAAUGAAGUGCAAAAUAACUCGUUUAGCCAGCUAUCGGAGAAAGAGACAGCCGUGAAAACAUUUAUUGAUCUGCUAUUUCUCAACCAAAACAAAAAGGUUAAACUAAUGCAAGAUGAUCCUCUUAAAUUUAGUCAGUUAGAUGUGCUCAUUUGCUGA